AGUCCCAAAAAGAUAAACCUAGUCUUGUUAAGCUCUCAAAGGACCCUGCACCAUGUCAGGGGGCUCCCAAGGGGAAAAGGUGCUGAGUAAUCUGGGCUAUAAGCUAGGCCGUACCCUGGGUGAGGGCAGUUACUCUAAGGUGAGGGUGGCCACCUCAGCCAAGUACAAGGGCCCGCUAGCUGUCAAGGUAGUGGAUCGGCACCGGGCCCCCCCCGACUUUGUACACAAGUUUCUGCCACGGGAGCUCUCCAUCCUGCGGAUGAUCCGGCAUCCUCACAUUGUACGGAUCUUUGAGUUCAUCGAGGUCUGCAAUGGGAAACUCUACAUCGUGAUGGAAGCAGCGUCCACGGAUCUGCUCCAGCUGGUGCAGCAGCUGGGGAGACUACCUUGUGUCCCCGAGGCCCGGGACAUCUUUGGACAGAUCGUGGGUGCUGUGCGCUACCUGCAUGACCGGAACCUGGUGCACCGGGACCUCAAGUGUGAGAACGUCUUGCUCACCUCUGAUGGCCGCCGGGCAAAGCUCACUGACUUUGGCUUUAGCAAAGAGGCACGUGGCUACCCAGACCUGAGCACUACCUACUGCGGAUCAGCUGCCUAUGCCUCCCCCGAGGUGCUGCUGGGCAUUCCCUACGACGCCAAGAAGUAUGACAUAUGGAGCUUGGGGGUGGUGCUCUAUGUGAUGGUGACUGGCUGCAUGCCCUUUGACGACACCCACGUCCUCAGCAUGCCCCGUCGCCAGAAGAAGGGGGUUCUCUACCCUGAUGGUCUUCCUCCUCUGCCUGAGCCCUGCAAAACCCUCAUCACCCAGCUGCUCCAGUUCAGCCCAGCCUCCCGGCCUGGGGUGGGACAUGUGGCCAAGAACUGCUGGCUGAAAGGGGAUGUCUAAAAAGAAGCAGCUUUUCCACUCUAGUACCACAUGGUCCAGCUGAGACACUAACUGUGCGGAGCUCCAGCAAGAGCGGUUUUGAUCAUGUGGACCAGUUGGCUGGAGAUUUACGAAAAAACUGACCACAUGAAGCUGCUGAGGGUAAUUAACUGAGCAACAACCAUGUGGUGUUGCUGACAAGGAGGGAUUUAAAUGGAUAGCAAUCACACCGAGUUCUCAGCUGUGGAUGGACUCUGAGCACAUGGAGCAUUGAAGUGCUGCCUGCUACGUGUGUGUAGUACAGCCCCUGGGCAGUAUGUAGCAAACUGCACUCCUGCCAGCUAGCUGUCUUGGACAUUUCAGCAGAGUCCAUUGUGCUCAGAGAUGCAGGUAGCUGGAAAGAGACACUAUUUGCCUGCAACCUCCAUGACUGUGCAAUAAACUCUGUCUGUCCUUUG